AUGGACCUAAAAACUCUUGUUAUUGACUUGGAUGAAACUUUAGUUCAUUGUUAUUUUAAAGAAGUAGAAGAUUAUGAUUUUACUUUGACUAUUAAUAUUUAAAAUAUUAAAUUUGAUAUUUAUGUUAAGAAAAGACCAGGGUGUGAAUUAUUCUUAGAAAUUUUAAGUCAAUAUUAUGAAAUAAUUAUAUUUACUGCAAGUCUGGGAGAAUAUGCAAAUCCUGUUAUUGAUUAAAUUGAUAAAAAUAAAGUUGUCGCAUCUAGAAUUUUUAGAGAAAAUUGUACAUUUCAUAAUGGUAUUUUUGUUAAAGAUUUAUCAAAAUUAAAAAGAGAUUUAAAGGACAUAAUUAUAAUUGAUAAUUCUGAAUGUUCAUUUCUAUUCUAAAAAGAAAAUGCGAUUUUAAUAGACUCAUUUUUUGAUGAUAUAGAAGAUUAAGAAUUAUUCUAAUUAAUUCCUUUUUUAAUGUAUUUGAACUAAGUUUAUGAUGUAAGAAAUGUUUAAUAAAAAUUAAUUGAAUUUGUAUAAAAUUAAUAAUUAGAAUAUAUUAGUUCGAUUUUGAAUAAAAAAUGUAUUUUUAAUAAACCUAAAUAUUUCUAAGAAAUUCAAUUAAUUUUUGAGUAGAAAUAUAAAGAUGAUAAAUAUUAUAGGUAUUUAUUAAAAUGGAUAAGCGCAUAAAUUGAAAAAAAUAGUGAUAUUAAUAUUAGUACAUUAUUAGAUUAAAUUUCUAUGGAAAAUUAAAUAGAUAUUCAAACUCCAAAUAAGUAUAAAAUAGAAAAUAAAAUAAGGGAUGAUGAAAGAAGUAUUUUAGAUUAAUAAAAAAUAAAAAUUUUUGAUAAAAUAAGAUUCUAAUUUUCAUCAAAAAAUCUAAACUCUCCUAUAUCAAAAUAAUCUUAUAUCUAAAUACUCAAGAGGAAAAAAAAAGAAGAAGUGUUGAUUAAAAAAAAGAAAUCAUUUUGA